AUGGCUCUUUUUGCUCUCCUAAAAAGCCUGAUGUUUCUUUUUAACAGCAUCAUAUUUUUUGGGGGAUUGGGACUACUGGGCAUUGGUUUGUGUUUGAAAAUGGAUGGAAGCUCCUUUACUGAUUUUCUGGGGGCUACAAUUUCACCGUUCACCCAGCUGCUGGUUGUCAGAUAUUUCUGCAUCGUCAUUGGCAGCAUCCUUUUGUUCCUGGGAAUCCUGGGCUGCUGGGGAGCCAUAAGGGAAAAUAAGAGCCUGUUGCUGCUGUUCUUCAUCAUCAUAUUGAUCAUCUUCCUGGUCAAGAUGGCGAGUGCUAUGAUCAUCCUGGUCGUCUCCUCAACUGCAAAUGUGCUCUUCGCAAACAUUGAUUCUUGGGCAGUCAGUACACUACAAGGGUCCUAUGACAAGGAAGAAGAAAUCACAGUAAUGUGGAAUACCACCAUGAAGGAGCUGCACUGCUGUGGAUUCCACAACUAUACUGAUUUCAACAGCUCUACAUACCAGAAUCAAAGUGGCGGCUACUAUCCUGUCUUUUGCUGCAAAGAAAAUUCACCUUGCCAGGAGUCUGGCAUUGCUAAAGACAAGAAGGGAUGCUUACAUAAACUGAAGGAGUCCCUGGAAAAGAAUGGAAAGUUGAUUGGAGGUGUUGGGUUGGGAAUUUCAAUCUUUGAGGUGGCAGCCAUGGUGGUUUCCAUGAUCUUAUUUUUCAAAAUUGACGACAUUUCAUACAACUGA